CUGGGGACCAGUAACCGGCCAGGGACCAGCCACGGGGGACCAGUAACCGGACACUGGGGACCAGCCACUGGGGACCAGUAACUGGACACUGGGACCAGUAACCGGCCGGCGCGGACCUGGGGGGCUCGGGGGUCCCAUGGAGCCGCUUGCUCCAUCUCCAGGCCCUGCGGCCGCGCUGACAGUCAUGGACCCCUCGGUGACGCUCUGGCAGUUCCUGCUGCAGCUGCUGGAGCAGCAGAGCAACGGGCACCUGAUCGCCUGGACGUCGGACGACGGCGAGUUCAAGCUGGUGGACGCCGAGGAGGUGGCCCGGCUCUGGGGGCUGCGUAAGAACAAAACCAACAUGAACUACGACAAGCUCAGCCGCGCCCUGCGCUACUACUACGACAAGAACAUCAUCCGGAAGGUCAACGGGCAGAAGUUUGUCUAUAAAUUUGUCUCGUACCCGGAGCCGGCCGGCGUGGAGGGGGCCCGGGAGGAAGGGACGCUCCGGCGGGUGGAGCCGGCGCCGGCCGAGUCUGGGCCGGGGGAGGGGAGCUCCGGGCCCCCCAAGUCCUUGCGUGGGGGGGGCGUCCCCCGGAGUAGCCGUAACGAGUACAUGCGCUCGGGUCUGUACUCCACCUUCACCAUCCAGUCACUGCAGGCGGCCCCCCCCGGGCGAGCGCCCCGCCAGGACCCCCCCGCCCUCUGCAGCGAGCCCCCGGACCCCCCCGACCUGGCCCCCGGGAAGGUGGAGGAGAUUCCCCAGCUGGAGAUCAGCAUCGAAGCAGCAGACGAGAGCGAACCCCUGCAGGUCUUUGUGGGGCCGGAGCCCCUGGACGCAGAGCGCCCCCCGCCAGAGGCGCCGCCGCCGCGGGACCCGGGGCUGCGGCCGGUGGUGGUGAAAGUGGAGGCGCAGGGGGACGCGGCGGGGUCCCCGCUCCUGGUUCUGAUCGACUCGGGGGUGAAGCAGGAAGCCCCACCUGCCGAAGAGACCCCCAGGGGGACGGCGGCGGAGCUCCCGGCGGGGGAGGGGCCGCAGGAGGAGAAGGGGGAGGGGGUGCCUGGGGGGGCCCCCAGCGAGGGGCACGGCCCAAAGGGGCGGAAGCCGAAGGACCUGGCGCUGCCCUCCCUGCCCGGGCAGGAGAAGAUCAGCGCGGCCGGCGGCUCCCUGUUGGCGCCCGGCGGGGGAGCAGGCAGCGGGCUGACGCCCACCACCGUGAUCUCCACGCACGCGCUAACCCCCGUCCUGCUGACCCCCAGCUCCCUGCCACCCACCAUCCACUUCUGGAGCACCCUGAGCCCCAUCGCCCCACACAGCCCCGCCAAGCUCUCCUUCCAGUUUCCCUCUAACUCUGGUGGGCAAAUCCACAUCCCCUCGCUGAGUGUGGACGGACUCUCCACUCCGGUCGUGCUGUCCCCGGGGCCCCAGAAGCCGUGAGUCCAGACGUCCGCCCGUCUCUCUCCGCUGCUGGCUGGGGGAGCGCCCAUUCCGCACCUGGAUUCUUGACCCAGCCCUGUGGGACUGUUCACCAGGGCGGCUGGAUACGGCUGUGUCCUGCUUCCGACCGAGAGCCCUGCUUGGUGGCAGCGGUGGGAUGCGCCUGCUGGCUCGUUUUAAAUGGGAGCCGGAGCACGCCGCCAUUUCGCCCCUAGGGGGCGCAAUGUGGGACAUUCCCGUUGGUGCUCACUCGGCCUUGCAGCUCUGACCCCGUUUUUCUGGGGUCGUUGUGUUUAAUCCCAGCCCGGGGGGCUCAGGGUGUAUUUCCGACGUGGAAGGAUACGUCCCUCGGGGACUGAGAGGUGGUUCGGCCGCUAGUUGUGGGGCUGAUUUUAUUUAUUACCCAGGGCCUCCAGGCGCGGGGUGCCCCGGAAAUCGCCCGCCCGCAGCCGUGGCCUCCUCAUAGCCCCUCGUUGUGCGGGCUCGGCGUCGGCCAUCUUUGUUUCGAGAGGGCAGCCGGGUCGGCCAUGUUUGUUUUGGCUGGGGCGGGGGGUGUCGGCCAUCUUUGUUUGCUGACAUCACACCUGCCGCUCAUCCCCGUGGGUCCGGUGGAGGAAGAAGUCCUGCUCUUUGCUUCUCGUUUCUUGAUUUACUUUCCUGGAGGUCAAAGGUCACCUCCUCGAGUUGCCAUAGAAGCGGCAGGCAGAGGAAGUCCCGCCCUAAUUCCCUCCUGUAGGUCAAAGGUUGCCUGUUCGUCACCAUGGAAACGGCCGGGAGGGAAGUCCCGCCCGCUGAUUUCAGGGACUGGUUCCCUCCUUGCAACGCCCGUUUCCUUGAUUUAUUUCCUGACGAUCAAAGGUCACCGUGGAAAUGGCCGCAGAGGAGUCCCGCCCCUCACCCCUUUCAUAGGGAGGGUUCCUUCAUUUGUCUCCCAUUUGUUGCCCGGGAAGGGAAGUCCCGCCUUUUGAGGACAGUCGCCAGGGGCUCCCUUGACUUCCUGCUGGCCCACGAGCUCCGCAAAGGAGGAAGUUCUGCCCUGUUUCCACUCUGCUACUUCCUGUUCAAAGUGCGCCGAUUCUGGGGAAGUGCCGAAGGAGGACGUCCCGCCUUAUUAACCUCUCCGGCGAAUCAAAGGCCACCUCAUUCUGUGGAUGUGGCCAAGGAGGACGUCCCGCCUUAUUAAUGUCUCAUCUACUUCCUGCGAAUCAAAGGCCACCUAUUCUGUGGAUGGGGCAAAGAAGGAAGUCCCGCCCUUCUCACUGCUGUUGACUUCCUGUUAGUCCCACAGGGCCUGCACUGCAUCAUACGGGAAAGGGCUGCCUUGUCGUCUUCUUUUGAUACCAAAAUUUUCCGGGGCUGUGAGCUUCUUGCUCAAGAUAUAGAGCUAUAUUUUUGUGGGGCCAUCCCAAGGGGCUGAAAUACCCGAAUGUCAUUUCUUUAGCGCCCCCGCGGGAUUCCCAGCCCCUUUCUAUUUUUCAGAGAGUAUAUUGAUAUUAUUGAGCUAUGUGCAUUGAUCAUAUACAAAUCUACAGGGCUCGGCGCUAAUUACCUGCCGGGCCGUCUUUUUUAAUAUAUAAAAUGGUUCUAUUUUUGAACGGGGAAGAGGGGGGGCUUUUACAAUGGAAGUGGGGGAAAUGGACGGGGUGGAAGUGACCUCCCUGGAUUUAGGGGCGAGAUUCAGCGAGCGAUUGGAGGCAGUAGCGCGGUGACGAGGGCUGAAUUUCUGUCCCCAUGGUGUAGAUCGGGGGACGCCCUCGCUGCUGGCGUUAAUGGAGCAAGACUCUUGUGUCAGGGAAGGUGUCGUCAGCUGAAUGGGGGUGGGAGGGGGGUGUAACUGGAUGGCAAUUGUUGGCCAAUUAGCGAGAUAACGGGGCCACGGCCAACAGACCCUUUUGUGCUUGAUAGGCAGUGUCGUCCGCCUCUCUGGGGUGACCCUCCUCCUUCCCCUCGGGGCGGUUUUGAACCGUCGCAAUCAUGCUGGUGUGCACUGGCAAGGCCCCUCAGCUCUGGCCAUCUCCGCCUGGUGCAUCAGGCUCUUUGGACGACCUGUGAGACACUGGCGAGGCACCCAGGAGCGGCUUCCCGGAGACCGAGCUGCGCCAAACCCAUCCACGAGCCGUGGCUGAGCCUGGAGCCAAGCCCGGGGACCGCCGCUGAGACACGCAAACGAUGAGUCGAACACGCGCUGUAAGGCCAACGUGGAUGAGCCAUGAAUAAAACACAUGAGUAAACCACAAGUCGCCCACGUGUAAACCAUGGAUCAGUCACGUGUGAAAAUAGGACAAAGUCAUGAGUAAGCCACGUGUAAACCACGUGUAACCCAUGAGUGAACCACAAGUAACUCAUGAGCAGAAGACGUGCUGCCGAGUGUUGGCCAUGAGCGGACCCCGUGUGCUCUCUCUGCUGGCUCGCUGGGUUUUCAGAGCUGUUCUCUGCUGUGGGGGAGAG